UAAAAAUGAAGACCUGAAAGAAAACAUCAGGAAUCGAGGCGGACUGAUGAGACAAAAAGUCGGUCAUAUGGCUGAGAAGAGGGAUGGAAGACAGUGUAAUGUAAAUAUUCCAAAGCACAGGAUAAUGAACACAAGUAAAUCCAUUUGGUGUGAAAAGUACUUCAGAAAUAGAUCACAAGUCUUCAUACACCAAAGAAUACACCGAGUCGAGAAACCUUUUGAAUGCUCAGUGUGUGGAAAGAGAUUCAGCGAAAAUAGCGGUCUUCAAGUGCAUCGAAGAAUCCACACAGGGGAGAAACCUUUUGAAUGCUCAGAGUGCGGAAAGACAUUCAAUCAUAGUGGUAAUCUCCGGAAGCAUCAAAGAACCCACACAGGGGAGAAACCUUUUGAAUGCUCAGAGUGUGGAAAGAGAUUCAGUCAGAGUUCUAGUCUUCUAAAGCAUCAGAGAAUCCACACAGGGGAGAAAGAUUAUGAAUGCUCAGAGUGUGGAAAGAGAUUCAAUUGUAGUGGUGAUCUUUGGAAUCACCAAAGAUCCCACAUAGGGGAGAAACCUUUUGAAUGCUCAGAGUGUGGAAAGAGAUUCACUCAUAGUGGCAACCUUAAGAAACACCAAAGAUCCCACACAGGGGAGAAACCUUUUGAAUGCUUGGAGUGUGGAAAGAGAUUCACUCAGAGUAGCAGUCUUUACCUGCAUCGAAGAACCCACACAGGGGAGAAACCUUUUGAAUGCUCAGAAUGUGGAAAGAGAUUCACUCAGAGGGGCACUUUUCAACAGCAUCAGAGAACCCACAAAGAGGAGAAACCUUUUGAAUGCACAGAGUGUGGAAAGAGAUUCCGUCAGAGGGGCACUUUUCAACAGCAUCAGAGAACCCACACAGGGGAGAAACCUUUUGAAUGCUCAGAGUGCGGAAAGAGAUUCAGUUGGAGUGAUAGACUUAAACAGCAUCAGAGAACUCACACAGGGGAGAAACCUUUUGAAUGCUCAGAGUGUGGAAAGAGAUUCAGUACCAAUGGCACUCUUCAGAAGCACCGAAGAACCCACACAGGGGAGAAACCUUUUGAAUGCUCAGAGUGUAGAAGAAGAUUCAGUACCAGUAGCAGACUUCAGACGCACCAAAGAACCCACACAGGGGAGAAACCUUUUGAAUGCUCAGAGUGUGCAAAGAAAUUCAGUUACCGUUGCAGUCUUCAGGACCACCAAAGAACCCACACAGGGGAGAAACCUUUUGAAUGCUCAGCGUGUGGAAAGAGAUUCAAUCGAAGUGGCAAUCUUCAACGGCAUCAGAGAACCCACACAGGGGAGAAACCUUUUGAAUGCUCAGAGUGUGGAAAGACAUUCAGUGAUAGUGGUAGUCUUCGGAAGCACCAAAGUACCCACACAGGGGAGAAACCUUUUGAAUGCUCAGUGUGUGGAAAGACAUUCAGUACCAGUGGCAGUCUUCAACUGCAUCAGAGAACCCACAGAGUGGAGAAACCCUUUGAUGGCUCAGAGUGUGAAAAGAAAUUCAGUACCAGUGGCAAUCUUCAACUGCAUUGAAGAAGCCACAUGGGAGAAAGUUUUUGAAUGCUCAAGCUGGAAUGAGAUUUAGUUGUAGUAGCCAUCUUCAGCUGCAACAAGGAGCCCACAAUGAGGAGAAACGAUGUAAAUCCUUAGCUGUGAAAAGAGCUUAUCUCCUAUUUCACACCUAAAAGACAACCACAGACGAUACAAAGCAUUGAAAAGAUAUAAGCUGCUGUAAGAAGCUUUGAAUAUGCACAGAAA